CUCUCUCUCUCUCUCUCUCUCUCUCUCUCAUUGCACACAAGGUGUUUGAUAUUGGUUCGCAAUGGGCCAGGAAGGUGGGUUUACCUUAAAAAGAGGCAGCGGCAGUCUCCCAACAACGAGAUUGGGUAAUCGUGGCGGCUCCGGUGUUCCCAGAGGUAGGCAGAUCCAAAAGACUUUCAACAAUCUCAAGAUCACCAUCCUCUGCGGCUUUGUCACCAUCCUCGUCCUCCGUGGCACGAUUGGGGUCGGCAGUCUCGGCGGCAGUGGAGCCGAGGACGAGCAGGCCCUUAUUGAAGAGACCAACCGGAUCAUUGCUGAGAUCCGUUCUGAUGGCGCUGACCCCUUUGAUCCCAACGAUGUCGAUCUCAUCGAUCCCAAUGCCACCUAUACUCUUGGCCCAAAGAUCUCUGACUGGGACAAUCAGCGCAAGCUCUGGCUCCAGCAGAAUCCCCAAUUCCCCAAUUUCGUGAACGGUAAUGCUCGGAUCUUGCUGGUCACCGGGUCGCCACCCAAUCCCUGUGACAAUCCCAUUGGGGACCACUACCUCCUCAAGGCCAUCAAGAACAAGAUUGACUACUGCCGCCUCCACGGGAUCGAGAUCGUCUACAACAUGGCCCACCUCGACCGUGAGCUUGCUGGCUACUGGGCCAAGCUCCCCCUCAUCCGUCGCCUCAUGCUGUCCCACCCGGAAGUCGAGUGGGUCUGGUGGAUGGACAGCGAUGCUCUCUUCACUGACAUGGUCUUCAAGAUCCCGUUGCAGAAGUAUGAUGCCUACAAUCUUGUCCUGCAUGGAUACCCCAACCUGAUAUUUGACGAGCAUUCGUGGAUAGGCCUCAACACUGGCAGCUUCCUCUUCCGCAAUUGCCAGUGGUCGCUUGAUCUGCUUGACGUUUGGGCUCCCAUGGGGCCCAAGGGCCCUAUCCGUGAUGAGGCUGGCAAGAUCCUCACUGCCAACCUUAAAGGGAGACCAGCAUUUGAGGCCGACGAUCAGUCAGCUCUCAUCUAUCUAUUGAUCUCGAAGAAGGAUGAGUGGGCAAACAAGGUGUUCCUUGAGAACCAGUAUUAUCUGCAUGGAUAUUGGGCUGGGCUGGUGGACCGCUAUGAGGAGAUGAUGGACAAGUACCACCCAGGCCUUGGGGACGAGCGGUGGCCGUUUGUUACCCAUUUUGUUGGAUGCAAGCCCUGUGGCAGCUAUGGGGAUUACCCAGUUGAGCGGUGCUUGAGCAGCAUGGAGAGAGCCUUCAAUUUCGCGGACAAUCAGGUGCUUCAGAUCUAUGGGUUUAGACACAGAGGCCUGUCAUCUCCAAAGAUAAAAAGGAUCAGGAACGAGUCAGCCACACCUUUGGAGGGCAUGGACAAGCUUAACUUCCAGCAGCCCAUGUUCGGCAGCUCCAAGAGCUUAUGAGUUAGGCAGGGCUUACCUCCAGUGUAUUUGAUAUUCUCGUCACAAGAUUGGAAUUCAAGUGACACAUGAUUUGAGGAAUCAAAGCUGUAGGAGCUGCUAUUUGCCUGGAAUUCCAAAACCCAUCAUGUGAUCGCUGAGUAAUCAAAAUCCCAAUUCUUGGUUUCUUAGGAGGUGCAUUUGGAGAGAUUCAAUUCAAUGGCUUCUUUAAGACGAACCAGCCUCAUAUACACCCUCUUUUGAUCUCUACGAUUGACCUUUCCCUCUACGAUACUCUGCAGUUGGAAGCCAUCAUUCUGUGGGAGGGUUGAAGGUAUCAGUUGCUCAGAUCUCUCUCUCAUUCACGUGUUUGCACAGUCAUCUCUUAAGGUGACGUUUCUCUCUCUGUUUUUUUUUUUUUUUUUUCUAAAUUCUAAAAUUUUAAUUAUGUUGAAUAUGAUGUUCAUGAGGUUGAUAGUGAUGAUGGUGGGUACGAUAAAUUCUGAAUUUUGUGUAACUUUAAUUCCAUUUCUGUGUGAUCUUUCUUUCCA